AUGAACCACCACUUUAUGGUAACUUCACUGAUUUGUCUUAAUAUUUUUUUGUUCAGUUUAGGAGAGACUGUCAUAAGUAAUGGCAAGCAUUGUGCAUGUAAGGACACAAGGAAUGUUGGAGCUGUGGAGGGACCACUCAAGGCAGAAGAGAAAAAUAAAUCUGCAGAUAUUUCAAAACAAAAACAACCAUGCCUUGUACCAUGUGAUGCUCAAGCUAAAAUUUUACAAGGGGAAAAACAUUACAUGUGCAGAAAUUUGCAGGACUCUCUUGUUGAAUAUGCAAGAAGUACACAAAAACUGGUCAGAGACAUGAUGGAUGACCAACAGUCUUCUUUGGACUACCUUUCUAGUCAGGUAAAUGAACUCAAGAACAAACUUGUUCUUUUGAAUGAGGUAGUUUUGAGAAAGCAUCUGAAUCCACUUCCUUACAAAGCAGUUCAAUCUCAUGGUUUGGACUGCACUCAUAUUAAAGAUACCGUUGGUUCGGUUUCAAAAACUCCAUCUGGUCUGUACAUUAUCCAUCCAGAAGGAUCAAAUUAUCCUUUUGAGGUUUUUUGUGACAUGGAUUUUCGAGGAGGUGGAUGGACUGUGAUUCAGAAAAGAACUGAUGGAAUCAUUCAAUUCCAGAGAACAUGGUCUGAAUAUCUGGAUGGAUUUGGUGAUCUUACUGGGGAAUUUUGGCUUGGACUAAGGAAGAUUUUUGACAUAGUAAAUCAAAAAGUCACUAGUUUCAAUCUUUAUGUGGACUUGGAAUCAGAAAAUGACAAGCAUGCCUAUGCAUCAUAUGAUGGAUUCUGGAUAGAGGAUGAAACAUGUUCUUUUAAGAUCCAUUUGGGGCAUUAUUCAGGAAAUGCUGGUGAUGCAUUCAGAGGAUAUAGAAAAGAAGAUAACCAGAAUUCAAUGCCUUUCAGCACUUUUGAUGUUGAUAAUGAUGGAUGCAGGCCAGUGUGCACUAUUAAAGAACAGCCUGUAAAGAGCUGCAGUAACUUCAGUGAUGGCACCGGAUGGUGGUUCAACAAAUGCGGUCUUGCAAACCUUAAUGGUGUUCAUCGCUACACAGGUAGAUUUCUUGCAACUGGGAUUCACUGGGAUACAUGGAAAAUGAAGAAUAAACCAGUCAAAAUUAAAUCAGUUUCAAUGAAAAUUCGGAGAACCUAUUAUCCAUAUUUCCAUUAG